AUGAAGAGGAGUAGAAGCAACAUUGAUUGUGAGGAAAUUAGCACCCGGAAGCUGAAUUCUAAAGUUAAGCUAAGUAGAUCCACCGAUAACUAUUUAAAAAAGAGUAACUAUAAGAAGUGUCCAGAAGGUGAAGAUAAAGAUAGCCCUGUUAGAGUUUAUGCUGAUGGUGUAUAUGAUUUAUUACAUCUUGGUCAUAUGAGACAAUUAGAACAAGCAAAGAAAAUGUUUACAUAUACACAUUUAAUAGUAGGAGUAGCUAGUGAUGAAGAAACUCAUCGUUUAAAAGGACGUACAGUUCAAAAUCUAGCAGAAAGAACUGAAACUUUACGCCAUAUAAAGUGGAUUGAUGAAAUUAUUUCACCUUGUCCAUGGGUAAUUGAUAAGAAUUUUAUUGAGAAACAUAGAAUUGAUUAUGUAGCUCAUGAUGAUGCUCCUUAUAUUGCUAAACAAAUUAAGAGGAAUGAUGAAGAUCAUAAUAAUAACUCGAAUGUAGAUAACAUCACUAGUAAUAGUAAUAGUGAAGAUUUAGCAUGUGCAAAUGAAGAUGAUAUUUAUGGUUGGUUAAAGAGAGCUGGGAAAUUUAAAGCAACACAAAGGACUCAAGGUGUAUCUACAACUGAUCUGAUUGUGCGUAUAUUACAAAAUUAUGAAGAUUAUGUUGAUAGAUCAUUACAACGUGGUAUAACACCUAAUGAAUUAAAUAUUGGAUAUAUGAAGGCUAAUCAAAUACAAAUGAAACGUGGAAUACAACGUUGGGGUGAGAAGGUCACUAAUGAGCUAACAAAAGUUACAUUAACAGAUAGGCCUUUGGGAAUUAAAUUUGAUGAGAGUGUUGAAAAUAUAAGAAAUCAAAUACAUAAGUCAUUUGAUGCAUGGAGAAAAGUAUCAAAAAGAUACCUUGAAGGAUUUGCAAGGACAUUUGAUCCAAUGAGAUCCUUAUUUAGGGAAAAUAGAUCCCCAGAUAUUUAUUCACCAAAUUAA